AUGUCCGUCUCCGGCCCCCCAAAACACCACACAACCAUCCCGUUCAACAUCCCCGCCGUGACCGGCCUCGAACUCCCACACAUCAUCACCGCCCUGCAAUCCACCACCCUCACCACCAACGGGCCCUACACCCGCCGCUGCGAAUCCUGGCUCGAAACCCACCUCUCCUGCCCGCGAGCCCUGCUCACCCCCUCCGGCACCGCCGCCCUCCACCUCGCCGCCCUCAUCCUCGACCUCCGCCCGGCCGACGAAGUCAUCCUCCCAACCUACACCCACCCCGCCACCGCAAACGCCUUCCUCCUCCGCGGCGCCACCCCGGUCUUCAUCGACAUCGUCCCGGAAACAAUGACGCUGGACACGAACCGGCUGCGCGAGGCCCUCACGCCGCGCACGCGCGCUGUCGUCGCCAUGCACUACGCCGGGAUGAGCUGCGACAUGGACGCGAUCGCGGAGGCCGUGCGCGACUACAGCCACCGCCACAGCCACAGCCACGACCGGGGGGUCCACAUCGUCGAAGACGCGGCGGAGGGGCUCUUCGCCAUGUACAAGGGGCGGGAGGCUGGGACGAUGGGCGCGCUCGGGUGUCUCAGUUUCGACGGCGGCGGGAACGUGACGGCGGGGGGCCAGGGGGGCGCGGUGCUUGUGAACGACGCGGCGCUGCGGGAGCGCGCGGAGAUGCUCCGGGAUCAGGGGGUGGUGUACGGCGGUGGUGGUGGUGGUGGUGAGCGGAGCACGGAUGAGCUGGUGUAUGCGUGGCAGGCCGUUGGGGGGAAUUUCGUGCUGGGGGAGUUGCAGGCGGCGUUUCUGUGGGGACAGCUGGAGGGCGCGGAGGCGAUGCAGAUCCAGAGGCAUCGGGUGUGGAAUUUGUAUUGGAAGGAGUUGGAGGCGUUGGAGGGGCAGGGCGUUCUUCAGUUGCCGAGGCUGCCGGCUCGUUGUGAGCAUAAUGCGAGCUUGUUCUUUGUGAAGGUUCGGGAUGCGGCCGAGAGGAGGGAGUUGAUGGAGGCGCUGAAGGAGAUUGGGAUCACUGUCUUGCCGCAUUAUAGUCCGUUGCAUGAGGGCGCGCCUGGUAGGCGGUUCCGGUAUGUGGCCAGCGGAGAGGGUUUGGCGAGUCGUGAGAGCGAGCGUCUGCUUUGUUUACCGAUAUACUAUGCGUUGACGGUGGAGGACGCCCGGGUUGUCGCGGAUAGUAUCCGGGACUUUUACUCUGGAAGAUGA